UGGGCAGGAGCUUUCCAGCUCUCCACCAAGAGCUCUUCAAACUCCCACCGAACUUUCUCUCUCUCUCUCUCUGUCUGUCUCUGUUCAUCUGUAAUUUUUAUCCUCAAUCCCAACCCCGAUCAUUCACGAUCUCGAACUGGAUAGAUCUGGUCAUUUUGAUUAGGGAUUCAACUUCUUGUUUCUUAGUUUUCUGAUUUGAGGUAUUUCGCCUUCAUUCUCCUUCCCACGAACUGGUUUGCUGAUCUUUCAAUCUUCGCCAGAGGAAAUUUGACUUGAAGCUUUUUUUCCGGCGAUCUACCGGAAUCUUGCUGUGAUUGAUCUGUCAAUCGGAAAAAGGAAAUGAUAAUUAAGGUUAAGGAGACGGCGAUGGUUCGACCGGCGGAGGAGACGCCAAGGCAGAGGAUAUGGAACUCAAACCUGGACCUGGUAGUGCCAAGGUUUCACACGCCGAGCGUGUAUUUCUAUCGCCGACCGGAAGGGGCGGAGGGAUUUUUUGAAGCGGCGCGGCUCAAGGACGCGCUGGCUAGGUCACUGGUGCCUUUUUACCCUAUGGCUGGUCGGCUGGCGCGGGACGAGGAUGGCCGAAUCGAGAUAGAUUGCAACGCCGAUGGCGUCCUAUUUGUCAUGGCCGAGACGGAUUCCACUGUGGACGAUUUUGGGGACUUCGCGCCCACCAUGGAGAUGAAGCAGCUCAUCCCUAAAGUCGACUAUACGGACGAUAUCUCCUCCUUCCCUCUCCUCGUACUCCAGGUAACCCACUUCAAGUGCGGCGGCGCAUCAUUAGGGGUCGGGAUGCAACACCACGUCGCCGAUGGUUCCUCCGGCCUCCACUUCAUCAAUUCCUGGUCCGACCUUUCCCGCGGCCUACCCAUCUCCCUCCCUCCUUACAUCAACCGUAAUCUCCUCCGCGCCCGCCCCCACCCCAUCCCUUCCUUCCCCCACAUCGAAUACCAACCCCCUCCUUCCCUCGCCACUUCCCCUACCCCCUUCCCCUCCAAACCAUCCCCCUCUCCCGCCGUCAGCCUCUUCACCAUCACCCCCUCCCACCUCUCCCUCCUCAAAUCCCAAUCUAAAUCCCCCACUUCCUCGUACGCCCUCCUCGCCGCCCACAUCUGGCGCUGCGUCUCCAUCGCCCGCGACCUCCCCCCCAACCAAACCUCCAAGAUGUACAUAGCCACCGACGGCCGCCAGCGCCUCCGCCCACCGCUCCCCGCCGGAUACUUCGGCAACGUGAUUUUCACCACAACCCCACUCGCAGCAUCCGAAGAGUUAACCGAAGGCGGGCUAGCCUCAACGGCAGCGCGCAUUCAAUCCGCCUUGAGCCGCAUGGACGACGAGUACCUCCGCUCGGCCCUCGAUUACUUGGAGUUACAGCCGGAUCUCACCGCGCUGGUGCGCGGCGCUCACACCUUCCGUUGCCCUAACAUCGGGAUUACGAGCUGGUCGCGGCUGCCCAUACACGACGCCGAUUUCGGGUGGGGUAAGCCGAUAUUUAUGGGGCCUGGUGGCAUCGCCUACGAAGGGCUUUCGUUUCUGUUACCAAGUCCCACCGGCGAUGGCAGCCUCUCGUUGGCCAUUUCUCUGCAGCCUGAUCACAUGACGCGGUUCAAGGAUAUCUUCUAUAAGUUCUGAAUGAACGGAGAUGAAGAAAAGCUAACGAGUCUGUAUCAGUAUGUUUUCUUCUCUGACGAAGCAUAUUUCUGUCUUUAAGCUUUUUAUUUAUUAUGGGAAUCUAGAUUGCUUUUUAAAAUAA